UUCAAAUAAGCCCUAAAUGAUAUUGAUGAACUUUAAGGCUCAACUCACACUGGCACAGAGUCGAAGCGACGCGACGCGUUAUAUUUUUCAGCCUAUAGCAUAUUCAUCUCUAUUGUUCCAUUAUUUAAGUACAAAUUUGUGCUAUGUAAAUAUGGAAGCGCACGUCGACGCGCGUUGACGCGCGCAUUCGCGCUUCGACGCUCGGCUGGAGUCGAGCGGAUUCGCGAGUCGCCGCGCGUUACUCGGCCGCAGUGACGCGUCAGACGCCGACCACUACGGACGGACGACAGUGCUGAACUAUACGACAAUGGACGAAGAUGAAAAAUUAAUUUUUUUAGUACAGAAAUAUGAAUGUCUGUUUAACGUCAAGGCGAAAACCUACAGUGAUAAAAAUUGUAGGAAAAAUGCCUGGCAAAAAGUAAGCGGUGAAAUGCAAAUUUCUGAGGCGGAGUGUCAAAAGCGGUGGAAAAGAAUUCGAGAUUGCUACAAAAAGGCCAUUAGAUUAAGGCAAUUUAAGAGUGGUUCUGCUAGAUCAAAUGAUAAGCCAAUAAGAUUUGAAAAAGAAUUGGAGUUUUUAAAACCAUACUUGCAGAACAAACCACAGACGUGUAACUUAGAUAGCUCCGAAGAAACUGACCUAAACACUGAUACCGACACCAACUUGUCCGCUGCGUUGCCAUCUCGACCCGAAUCACAAUUAUCCAACCAUUCCGAUACUACACGAAAGAAGUCCCAACCACUAUCACAAAUGUUAUUCGCGCAAUAUCUGGAAAAUAAGAAAAAAGAAGAAGAUCCAACAGACACAUUUUUUCUCUCUAUGUCUAAAACCGUUAAACAGAUGCCAAUACAAAUGCAAGCGCAACUGAAACGACAGAUAUUACUUUUAGUAACUGACGCGGAAAUAAAAGUUGCUUCCAAUGCUUCCUUUCAACCUGAAACAACUAAUAUCAACCCAAGGCAAGCAAAUACUUCUUCAUCCAGUGGCUAUACAACAGAACUACGAACCGAAUCAGAAAGUCUUCAGCUGCAAUCUAAUUCCACUAACUAUAAUGUUAACACAUAUACAAUGCAGCCAAAUACCGGCUAUUAUACAAUACAGCUACCAACCACUUAUACUCCUUCUACAAAUACGUCAACCAGUACCAACUGCACAACCAUUAAUCAGUUCGGAAAUAGCACUUCUUCGAGCUAUCGUAUAGAAAAUCUCGAGCUGCCACCUUCACCGUACAUACCAUUGCCGAUUGGGAUGACGACGCGGCAACGGAGGGAAGGCGAUAAUGACGACAGUGAAUGACGUUAUGUAUGGCUGAUGAAUGCCCUGAUUUAUUAAUUAUUAAACUAAGUAAACAGGGUGGGACGGUUCUCCAAAAAAUUAUAAAUACUUAUUUUUUGUCAUACCUACCUAUACUUUCCGGAAAUAAUGUCAUGUAGUUUUUAGCUUAAAAUGAUGUGAUAUAUGCAUGCUAUCAGUUUCUGGAGAACUGUUCCUUACACCUUGUAUAAUAAUGCGUAAAAAUUAUGAUUCAAGAUAAAUAAAUCUAUAUAAAUAAAAACAAAUGCUUUUAUUUUUGUCCUAUUUGUGUUCUCAAACUGUCGAUCAUAUUGUAACGAAACUAAGGCAGGGUGUUCUGACGACGCUCGAGAAAAAUCCACUGAUGUUAUAAAGGUCUUCUCACGCAAAAUUACAGAACUACUAGGUACGUUACGGUACUACCACCGCCUAUCAUUUAAAAGCAAAUUGAAAUAACAAAUGCACACACAUCCGAGGGGCUAGUGUGAGUUUGAUCGAGUACGAAACGUUACUAUCGCGUCUGUCGGAAUCAAAACUUCCCCAUACGUCCGCUAGGGGCGCUGUUCGAUUUCCCAUACUAAUUCGGCUGUGACGCAGACGCGAUAGUAACGUUUCGUACUCGAUCAAACUCACACAAGGGGUACCGCUCGUUCAUCAAGUCCAGUAUUACUAUGCUUGCGCUGAAUUCGAACACAGUUUUCCGAGUCAUAGUCGAUCAAAAAUAACAAUAAUAGCUCUUAAAAAUUUACGUACAUACCUCAAGCAUAUUGAUAUCCGCUCUUCAACGGAAAUAGGUAUUCUUAAAUUUGUUUCUUGCUUUUGGAUGUGAGGCCUCAAAAUAUUUACCAAAUUUUCAAAUUUAUCUAAGCCCAUUUUAUAAUAAUCAUAAAAAUAUCUUGGGUCCUGGCUUAAAUCGUUACUACAAAGUGUUUUGAAUUCGCCAAGAAUAUGUCUUUUCUUCCAUAACUCGUGAACCCAAAAUUUUCGUUUUAUUUUCCUAUUCUCAGCUUCUGAUAUAAUUUUACUUUCUUCCUCUUCAACUUCUGAUAUUAGCGCAAUCAUGAUAAGAUCGAUAUCAACCAUCGUAUACUGCCGAGCGAGCACCAUUCACGAAUGUUCGAAAGUCACUAGUCCAGCACUGUGAUCCGAACGCGCUAAUACGAGCAUCGUCGCGCGCAGACGCACGUCGCCGCGCGGACACGCGCGUCGCCGUGCAAAACAUGACGCGUCGCUUCGCUUCGACUCUGUGCCAGUGUGAGUUGA